UUUCAUUCAAUUCAUAAACCUGCAAAAAGAAUCAAAGUCUCUGUGUACACUCAUAAAUCUAUCGAUUUGAAUAGAAUGCUUAGGAAAUGAAUUCAAAUAAAUACGUAUAUGUAGUAGUACCAGAUGCUAUGCUAUUCGUUAGAGUAUGCCAUCACUAUUACCAACACAUUCAUAAUAAAUGGGGUUUUUCACAGGGGUGUAAAUGUCAAGCAAUUUUUUCCAUAAAAUUCAGAAAAUUAAAAUUUAAAUCGAUUUCCAUUUACCGUUACCACUCGUCAAUAAACUACAAGGAUUCGGAAAAUUGAAUUAUAUCAGUAUAUAGCUGUGAAGUGCCACAUUAACGAUGCACAACAAUAUGGAAUCGAAUAAUUGCCCAGAAAUAUUAUCAAUUAAGUCUGAACCAAUAAGCCUUGUGACUAUAAACAACGACUGCAAACAGCUGAUAUUCGAUUAUUUGGAACUGAAAGACUUGGUAAAUGUUGCAGAAACGAGUAAGCAAUUGAACACAGCAGUCUCUUCCGUUUUCAAACGAAAGUAUGGUAUCAAGAAAAUUGUAUACGGAUAUCUUCAAAAAGCUCGACUUAUUCCAACUGUGGGCUACGAUCGGUUUUGCAAGUCCGAUGAGAGAGACGAAGACAAUUGUCUUAUCUUUAAACGAGAAAGGGAUGAGUUGAUGUUUCUAAAAGUUUUGAGAAAUUUCGGACAUACAAUGGUAGACAUUGAAAUAUGCUUCUGCCCAAUGAAUCAUGUAGGAUUUUACAAAGGAAGUGAUAAGAUCGAUAUUUAUUUGAAUGAAUAUUGUACAAAAUCAUUAAAAAAAAUUGGCCUUAUACGACAAAUACGAAUCUAUAACAAGCUAUGGCAGACCAUAUGAAAAAUGUAAAAGUUUAUUCGAAGACAUUGAAAAUCCUUUUCCAAAUGUUACAGAUCUUAAGAUAUCGUCAUGCAUUCUCGAGCCAAAACUGUUUACAAAACUCUUUCCAAAUUUACAGUCUUUGUGUUUGAACAAUAUUAAGUACAAAAGUUUUUCGGUGAUUCAAGAACAUUUGCCAAAUUUAAAAAAAUUAGGAUUAAUUUCAGAUAAGAGCUGUUUUGAGGUGGGCUGUUCAUAUGAAGGUGUUGUAAUCGAAAUGAUCAAACUAAAUCCCCAAUUAGAAAACCUACAUAUCUUUCUUAUGGAAAAUUGUGGUCCAAGACUUGUUCAAUAUAUAAGCGAAUAUCUGCCAGUACUUAUAUAUCUCCGGACUUCAAAUGUCCAUGGCUGCUAUUGCAGCAUAUUUCCGCAGUAUGGGCCAUUUAAUUUCAAUGGUCUUGGUCCAUUUAAUUUCAAUAAUGUUGUGGAUUUCCAUUUUUUCCACAGCAGAAUCUACCUUUAUGAAAUAUAUUUGUACGUUCAGAGAUGAACGAAACGUAAAUACAGAUGGAAGCUAUUAUACAUCGAGCAAAAAUUUCACUGUAGUCGAAUGCUCAAAAAUUAAAAAUUAACGUUAACUCAGUCAAUACAGCUAGUUUUCCGUUCCACAUUCUGUAAUUAAUGCGCUGAAUAAUUUAAUUAAACAUAAGAUUAGAUUAUUACAAUAUUUCCGUAAAAAUAUUCAAAAAAAAAACGAUUUUAUAAGUUACUUGAUGUGAACCAUACUUAAGACAAAGCACAUGACACAUGCGUGUUGGUUGACCUUAACCAAAACGAGAUAUUAUUAUACUUAACCUCAAUUCUAGUAAAAUAUUCUCCGUGUCAGACGUCUCACCUCAAUAUGGCAUCACUAUCAAUAGACGAAGUGCAGGGCAUUUUCAAAGGCAAAGGAUACUUAAAUGUUCGUGGAGAUCAAUCGCAACUAAUAACUUGGCUUACAUGGAUUAUUCAUCCGAAGGUGCCACUGAAAUAGCCCCAUCAGUUGUCGAAAACAAGUUGUUUGAGCCAUUCGUAAUCCCGUUCAAUGAAUGGAGAGCAGCUAAAAUAAACACUACGAUGCAUAUUCAUACUGUUGACAUUCUAGCGGCUGGCGAAAUUUGCCAAGGAGACAGAUUUUCAUUCAGUGGAUACACGUCGCUCGAGCUAUUGAAAGAUUGGGUCAACGACCGUUUUUAUUCAUUCAACAAUACUGUGUCUAUUCCGGUUAUACCAAAUGAUGUUGAUGACACCCUGAAACAGCGAAUUUUGGUGAUAUGUGGACGCGAAGAACCAUUAUAUCCGGCUGUGAUUGUGAAAGGACGUGGUCUGUUUAUUUGGGGCGAUGAACUAAAACAAACUAUGCGCGCUUGUGAGGCCAUCGUCACAUUGCUUGGUAUAAAGUUGAAGGUAGGAGCAACCAAUUGAAAUGCCAUGAAUCAAUUAUUGAUAUUCAAUCGGAAGUUCCACUGAGGAAAUGUUGAUAUUAUUUAAAAACAAAAAUUCCAUUCCAUCGCAUAAACUGUUAAUUUCAUUUCUUAAACAAAUAUCGAAUAAAUUUACAAGCUAAAACAGCUAAUUGUUACUAAAAA